AAGCAGCUGUUAAGAGUUUUAUUUUGAAGGAGGAUUUAACCCCUGUGUUACUUCCAUUUCCGGAAUCAAUGGCGCUAACUGCCCGGCUAUUUGUCUGCGCCGUUGAAUAGCGGUUAACUUUUAACGGUAAAAUGUCAGAAAACUUGGUGUUUUAUUCACAAACAAAGUCCAUCGUGGAGACAGCCAUUAAGACCGCUGUCGAUGUUAUCGGAAAGUCGAAAGAAGACCAUAACACCAAGGAGCGGAGUGUGCGACGUAAGCCUGAUUUUGUCGACAUUGUGGAAAUGCUGGCACGGGAGGCAACCAGAAAGAUCAGCGCCAUUUUCUCCCAGCUGUCCUUGAUGCUGUGCGACGAAAACCAGACUCUGAAGGCCAAAGUGGGACAGCUGGAGAGCGAGCUGAGGACUGUGAGCGAGAGCUUUGAAAAUGCCAGAAUGUGGAGGGAAAAUGUUCUGAGCGGCUGCCCGGUUCUGUUCGAGCAGAGCGGCCUGAUCUUCACCUUGAAGCCGUUCGGGAAGUUAAAAAGAAAGACAGAAACUUUCCCAGAAUCGUCGCCUGCCGCUGGGAUACAGAGCGGACACGAUGCUGUAUUAAGUUCGUGCUCAGAUGGAGGAGAAGCAACAAAGGAGGUGAACUCUGAAGCUGAGUCCUCACCAGCCAAUAGACGAGACACCGCGCUGGAUUAUACCACAACAAACACGUCCGAAUCCAACAACACUGACAGCCAAAUCACGCAGGCAGCAGGAGUCCGGAAGAAAGGGAAGGUGUUCGUAUGCGAUGUUUGUAACAAGAGCUUCAACCGGCAGUUUCACCUGCUGAAGCACAUGAACACUCACAAAGAACAGAGGCCUUUCACCUGCGACCAGUGCCCCAGAAAAUUCAGGAAUACCGCCACCUUUGAGUACCACCUGCUGCGGCACGAGGAGAAGAAGCACGCUACCUUCAAGUGCCCGCUCUGUGAGAAGACGUUCAGAACCAAAAUGCACCUGAAGACUCAUCAGCUCGUGCACACGGACACGAGGCCGUUCGUCUGCUCCACCUGCGGGAAGGGCUUCAAAACGAAGCACAACCUGCAGGCUCAUCAGAUCGUGCACACGGUGGAGAAGCCGCACAAGUGCUCCGAGUGCGGGGAGAGCUUCAGGUACGCGUUCACGCUGCAGUGCCACAGGAGCAUCCACACUGGCGAGCAUCCGUACAAAUGCACGGUGUGCGGCAAAGCUUUCGUAAAGAGGCGGUCGCUCAGGACGCACCAGUCGGUCCACAGAGGGAAGAUGUUCACGUGUGAGACGUGCGGAGCGGGCUUCACCCUUCAGCACAACCUGAAGAGACACAUUCGUAUUCACACGGGGGAAAAACCCUUCAAAUGUAAAGUCUGCGGGAAGAGUUUCAUUCAGGACAACAAGCUGAAAGCCCACAUGCUCCUUCACGGUGCCUCAAAGUCCUUCAUGUGUGACCUGUGUGGGAAGACGUUUCUCUACAACUGCCAGCUGCAGAAACACCAGAAGGUAGCUCACGAUGAAAGACACGGGCGCGUCAUCAGAAGACGGAGUCGAGAGCGAGGUAACCGCACAGUCAUCUAUCGGCGGGACCGCACGACAGACGACGUGACGCCGUUCAGCUGCAAGACCUGCCGCAAGGGCUUCGACACGGCGAGUUCACUGAAGAGACACGAGCUCAUCCACACGGGUCAGAUGCAACAUAACUGCGACACGUGCGGGAAGUCUUUUUUCUACAAAGCGACGUUCGACUACCACCAACGGGUCCACUCCGGCGAGCGGCCGUACGCCUGUGACGUGUGCGGGAAGAGGUUCAUCAUCCUUCAGGCUCUCAAGUCCCACAAACUGCAGCACUCCGGAGAGAAACCGCACAAGUGCGAGCAGUGCGGCAGGGCCUUCAGGAUCUACACCAACUACCUCCGACACUUACGGGUCCACACGGGGGAGAAGCCCUACGAGUGUGAGGUUUGCGGCGUGAGGUUCAGGCAGCUCGGACACGUGAAGUUUCACAUGCAGGUACACACGGGAGAGAAACCGUAUUCCUGCAGCGGCUGCGGACUUGGAUUUUCAGACUCGAGGCUCCUCAAGAAACAUAACUGUACUGAGAAAUACCAGAAAAUGUUGGACUCUGUCACUAUGUCAGAUUUGGAGGCGCAGGUGGGCGCCAUUUUGGAGAUAAUGGUCAACGCGGGUGUCUCAGAAAUGAGCAAAGUUACCGGCGAAGUGUCUUCACGUGCGACCGGACACACUCACGGGUCGUCGGCGGAGACGGUGAUCCAGUUUAGCGUCUUCAUGACGUCUCUGGCUCGAGAAGCUGUGGAGAAGAUCUGCCAGCUUUUCCACGAGUGCUCCUCUCUGCUGCAGUUGGAGGUGACACAGGGUGUUGCAGAGAUCGAGGACCUGAGGAGGAGACUGGAGGUGGCAGAGACGGAGCUGAAGCUGGUGCUGGAGGGCAGCGGAGGUCAGAGCGCAGCCGAGGAGCUGACGGAGGAAAGCAGCCGACCGAAGCAGGGGAGGAAGACUCCGACCAAUGGAGCAGAAGGAGAGCCUGUCCAGAGCCAGCGCUCAGGGAGGAAGAGCCGGAGAGUUGUGGCUGGUGGUGAUGCUGGAGUGAAGAGAUCACCUAUAAUUCACCUCUGGAAAGGCCGAACUUAUGAGGACAGUGUCCAACCUGUGAUAAUAAAGGAGGAAGGAUUGGAGGCAUUGGCUGACCAGGCGUCCUCUGAUUCUGGUCAGUACAGAGAUGACCCGGGCCAGGAUGAUGGUGACGACCCAGACUACCAGUUGGAGCCAGAAGAUCCAGAUGACGGUGACCCAGGAUACACCACCAGACCCAAACGUAUUGUAAAGCCCAAGUCCCAUCGAGGCCGAGCGAAGAAGGAGGGUCAGAGUCAGAACCAGCAGCCUCUGAGCUGCAAACACUGCAGGAAGACCUUCACCAAGCUGCUGCAGCUCAAAGCCCACCAGGCCGUCCACGGAGCGAAUGCAGAGAAGCCCUUCCACUGCACUCAGUGCGGCAGAGGCUUCUCGUUCCAGCGAAGCCUCAAUGCACACAUGCUGCUUCAUACAGGUGAGAGACCACACACCUGUGAUGUCUGUGGGAAGGGUUUCACCCUGAAGCAGCUCCUGAGGAACCACCAGCGUCUCCACGCUGAGGUUCGGCCGUUUCGAUGUGAACAGUGCGGAAAGAGCUUCUACCGAGCCCACGGCCUGAAAAUGCAUCAGAUGGUCCACACGGGAGAGCGGGCCUAUAACUGCCAGUACUGCAACAAAAGCUUCACAAUACAAGGUAACUUGCAGCGCCACCUGCGCAUACACACGGGGGAGAAGCCGUUCAGGUGUGAGACUUGUGGCAAAAGCUUCAACCAGGCUGACACUCUGAAAGGCCAUCAGCGGAUACACACUGGUGAGCGACCCUUCAACUGCGAGACCUGUGGCAAAUGUUUCAUCCAGAAGAGUGCCUUGAAGAUGCACCAGAAGACCUCUCACUCAGGGGAGAACUCGCUGGCAUGCGUGGCAUGCGGCACUACAGUGGCCUGCGUGGACUCGCUUCGCAAACACCUCCAGACGCAUUCGGCGACUAUUCCGUGCACGUGCGUGCUAUGCGGCCGGCGGCUCAGCUCCAUCACCGACCUGCGCUCACACCAGCAGCACCACACCGUGGACAGACCUCACAGCUGCGGUCUCUGCGGGAAGAGUUUCAAGUCGUCCAGUUACCUGAAGAUUCACCUGAAGACACACAGCGGGGAGAGGCCGUUCUCCUGCGACAUCUGCGGUCGCAUGUUUACACAGCACAGCAGCCUUAAAUCACAUCAGGUGGUCCACACAGGAGAGAAACCAUUCAGCUGCGACACGUGUGGGAAAUGUUUCAGCAACACGGGCAACCUGAACAGACACCAGCGUAUCCACACUGGGGAGAAGCCAUUCAGCUGCGACACAUGCGGCCGCAGCUUCAACCAGGGCAACAGCCUGAAAGCCCACCAGCAGAUACACACCGGGGAGAAACAGUUCAUGUGCGACAAGUGUGGGAAGAGUUUCUCCUACCUGAGGAACCUGAAGGACCACAAGUGUUUCUAUGUGUGAAGCUAAACUGUGAUGAGACACCUGCCCUGGUGGCAGAGUGGAUGAUGUAGCCUUCCCAGUACCUGUUGAGGAAUAAAUGACUGGAUGGAUAAUAAAAGAUGAGUUUGCAGUGACAGUGGUUUUGGUGAUUAUGAAGUUGAGUCUACCAGAUUUGUUUUGUUUCACAACCAAGCUAUCCUCAGAAAGGAGGUGGGGAUAGAUGCACCUUGUUAUGUUAUAAAUUUAAAGGACCAGUGUGUAGCAGAUUGGAACUAACUGAACACCGAUCUGUAUUAAACAGGCUGAGAAUGAGAACACGCUAUGAAGUGUGUAGGAGAAAGAAUAGAUUAUACACUAAUGAAAACAUACUUAUGUAUAUUAUAUUCCAUUUCUGCCAAUAGAUCCUUCUUAAUGUUACACACUGGACCUUUAAGGCGUUUACCUGUUUGCAGUGAGUCAAACAGGUAUGACAGCUGGAAUAAGGUACAAGAGAUCAUGAAAAGAAGAAGUGUGUCUUAAUGGACAACGUAAAGACAAAAGUAUCAUGGAGGAAUCUGCAUGAACCGAGAGCCUUUUAGUUCUUUAUUUGAAUAUAUUUGUAAGCAGAGUUUGCUGGCAGAUGUCUGGGUGAAAGUUUAAAAACGUUACAGUCAGCUUGUUAUACAGAAGAACCCGAAAUAAAUCAGGUCAAGCUGCAACUCGGUACUACAACAAAAAGCCAACAGAAUUAGACUUAACAGCACAAUUGUAAGAAGAGACAUCCCUUUAAAUGAAAUUGUGGCAAAUAGAUUUAAAAAUGUCAGUCAUUAUUGUCAGAGUCCUGAAUUACUAGAGGAGUCAUAAACAGUCUUACCAGCCACACUUAAAAUGUAUCAGUAUUUUGCUGACAGAUAUUAAAUAAGAUUCAUGAUUUUGAAACAACCAUUUUGAAGUUGUAAGACUGACAUUUAUUAACCAACUUGAAAAGUGCUUUCCUGUCCUUUUUCCAAACACGGUUUCAGAUGAUGUUCUCUAAUAAGAUAAAUUAAAUACAACUGUGAGUUUUUGGAAACAAAGUUGCCUCGAGUGCUUUAUUAGAGCUGAUGUGCUCACUGAUGUUCAGAAUGUUUCCUCUGUAACUUCUCUUGUGGAGUGUAUGUUUGUUAUAUCUCAACUUUGUGACUGUGAGUCAAACUGAUAAACAUUGAAAUUUAAA